AAUUGGACAAGCGUGGUCACGGUGGUCACAAUGUAUUAUUGGAAUUUAUUGACGUAAUGUUGGCUAACAUGGUUCGUAUUUCGGCCCGUUCAAUGUCAUAUGUUGGUGUCCAUGAUCUAAGCUUCAAAAUAACCAACAUGAGAAAUGUUGGUUUUUGAAUCAAGUUCUUUCAUUGAGUGUUUUAUUACAUUUUCGACAUCGAUGUCCGUACCAAAGCGUUUGAGAAAAAGUGCACUAUCAGUAUUUCAUUGAACGGUAUUGCAGAGUAUAAAAUGAAAUUGAAAUUGUUCGCUAGGAAAAGUGCUUAUUGUGUAAAAUGCAACUGAUGGAUGCAGUGAAACAUGAGAUGGAAUGUGACUCUGACAUUGUGAUGGCUUCAUCAAUGGUUGUGACUGAAUCCAGUACCUUUUCUUCAUCUCCUUCAUGCAGCACAAUCCCAACCCCAGAGCCAGAUGCCAGUCAAGAGACAAUGGUUGAAGGGACUCCCUAUGAUACAAGAUUUGUGAACAUUGCCAAUCUGGCCAAGAGCAAGCUGUUGAGUUCACAGUUUUCCAGCACCCCCCACAUUCCAGGUAGAUUGGGAGGCCGAUGUUUAGCUGGGGCAUCCAAAUCUUUAGAGCUCCUUAGGAGGAAUAUUCAGACCAAUAUCAAUAAAGAUAUUGAUGCUGUUAUCAAAGGCUAUCUGGAGUCCAGUAGUCCUCAAGCACAGCAGUAUUCCAUUUUCUCUGAUACAGCAGUUUCAUUCGUGAAAUGCUCUGUUGGAGUUACUCUCCACAUUCAUCACAGCACCACAGUUGUUGGUGGAGGAGUUCAGAAAUUUUUCAAACCUGCAAUCUGCAACAUUCGUAACAAUCUUGGAGGUGACAGCAUCACAGAUGAACAUGUUCGGAUUGUGUGCUGUAGCAUACUUGAAGAUGCCAAACAGAUGUAUUGUUGUCCCAGCCAAGAACCUGCAAGUCAAUGUCCAGAUGUUCAGCUAGAGGAUCAGAGCCCUAAUGUGUGCUCUACAGAAUAUAAAUUUGCAGUUCCCAGCUCAGAGAGUCCAGUUUUAAGUGUCAGAAGAGAUCUAGAUCAAAAUUUGGAUAGCAUUCGCAGAAGGAAAAAUAAGACUCAGGUUCUCCAGCUUCCUCAAGUUGUCCAAAGUCCUUCCCCUCCACUUCGUGUUGGUCAGUCUCACAUUCUCACUCAACGCUUUUUGAUAUCACCUACUCCAAUAAAUACUUCACAAAAUGGAAAGUUGAAAGAUGAAAACUCCUCAUUAUCUCAGCAAACUUUUGUUCCCACACAGAAUCAAGGCCUUCCUAUUCGUACUAUUCCUAAAAAUAAAGUUUCCACACCCACACACUCAUUUGUUACUUCUUCAGUAUCUCACAGUUCUCAGAGCAAUAGGUCUAGAUCUAAAGGAAGACAUGAGUCUGCAUCUACACAACUGUCUCAUACCUUCCUUGCUCCUGCUUCACCCGACAGUCUACCAUCUGGUCGUAGCACUCCUGUAAAUAAAGGGCGUAACACUCCCAUAAUAAGGGAAGGACCAAAAUGGGAUCCUAACAGAAUUGUGAAGUCUACAAAGUUUGUAAUGGGAGCCAGAGCCAAUAAAGUCUUAGGGUUUUGCCAGACUAGAGGCCGUUUGUACAUCAAGCAUCCUGAGUUGUUCCGAUAUUCAGGAGAUCAGGAAGAUAAAGAAUGGUUGGCUCGGAAGAAUCUGAUGCCACCAUCUGGAGGGAAGGCAUAUCUGAUGGUUGUUGAUGAUAUAAGAGAAUUGGCUGAAUCUGAAGAGUACAGAAACAACCCCAAUUUAAUGCUGCAUGAAUUGGUUGGGUUUGAAGUACCCGAAUUCAUUUUGAAGAAAAUACGUGCCUUCAUGAGUCAGAUGAGAACUGAUGCUCCUGAAAAGCUUCCCAGCCAUCAGGAUAUUCACAUGAGUAAUACUCUUGAUGCAAAUUUUACAACGAUGCAGGAUCAUUUAGAUCUUGGGAUAAGCAGCUUGUCUCCUGUGGCAUCUCACACUGUUGUGUCCACUGCUUUGGUAUCGCCUUCAGUGAUGGCUGGAGGCCAUCCCGUCAGUGUUCUUGAUUCAGGGCCUCAAUCUCCAGAAACUUUGGAGCUUUUGGAUUCUCCAACUCUUGCAGCGGCUCUUGGAUCUGAUCCCUUUGAAGAUUUGGAGCCAUUUGAUGGAGAUCUACCUCUUGAUGAGGACAUGCCACUGGAUGGAGAGCUUCCAUUGGAUGGAGAUUUGCCUCUUGACGGGGACCUACCUUUGGAUGGAGAUCUGUCUUUGGACAGUGAUCUACCCUUGGAUAACCUCACAUUUGAAGGUAUCCUGCGACUACAGGAUGUGAGUCUGGGAUCUGACAACAAUUUACUUACUGGAUCCCAAGAGUUGAUGGAUACCUUCACGAUCAGUACAUCUGAUACAUUGGCUUGGUCACCAGAUGGUGACACUAGCCAGUCAUCUCUGCCCAUACUUUUGGCAGGGCACAUCAGCAAUGAGUAUACACAGGAAGGUAUUGUAUAGAAGCCAUGCCCUCCUAAGCAUGAGUCACAGGCCGUAAACACCCCUUUCUCUGUUUCAAAGCGCUUAUAUUUAAGAAUAAAUAAUAUAUAAAAAUGUUAGUGACAGGGAAGACACUAUCCCCCAUUACGCCAAAAAUCCAGGUUAUGUCCCCAGUAUCACCAGGCAAUGUGAAGGUUUUUAGCCUGGGAGUAAAUGCCGUCCUUUGGAAGGGACGUUAAACCAUGAUUCCCUUGGUACUGCAAGAUAGUAGCAGGCUACGAGACUGUACCAGGUGACACCUCCUUCCUUACGGGUUGUGAAAGUUUAAGGAAAGAAAAAUCAUAGGAGCAAAUGACUGUCACAGUUGACGCUCCUUUACAUACAGUUUUUCUCUUUCUCUUGAAACCUCUGUCCUUCCUCCUCUCAACAUCCCUCUCCUAGUAUGUUUUGCAGUCCUUUGUCAAGUGUGUUCUGAAGUGCAGCUUGGUUCAAACAAUGUCUUUCAAUGAAUGAAAAUGACAAUUGGUUCACGUACUGGUUUGUGUAUAUUUACAAAACAUUACAAUUUUGCUCAUCCUCUUAGUGAAUAUUAGAGAAUGUAAAUAUUUAAUGUUAAAAUAGGCCUAAUUGGAUUGAAACAGUUUCGUUAAAUGUUGAAAUAAUUCCAGCAAAAAGGUAUCCUUCCUUGGUGUGUAAGUAGGGCAUUAAUACUGGCAAGGAAAUAUAACAUAAUGUGAUGUAUAAGAGUGCCCUGUUGCUAAAGAAGAUAAAAGUCUUACUUAUAGUCCAAGUUGGCAUAUCUGCUUGGAUUAUUUCCAAGUAAAAUAAGUAUUUAUGUAUUUUUAAAAGUCCUUACAAAAAAAAAAAACUUGUCAACAAGGUGACAAAGGUGGGUUAAGGCCUAAACUUGAAGUACAAAGUCAGCACGAGCCAAAGAGGUCAUGAGAACAAGCACUGUGCGCGUUGUUAAUUACACUGAAUGAUGCUGUGUGUAAUGUUAGGGAACAUUCAUGUAUAGUUGGAUAAAAGCAUUUGAGUAGUAGUGUGGGAGGGUUUAGUCAAGAUGAUCAUUAUAGAAGCUAGUCAUUUUACUCAGUAGCUUGUUUAGAAUAUGCUUUUAUUACAAAAAAAGCACAACUAAAGGGAAAAAAAAGGAAGAUCACUGCCUAUGUGUUUGAAAUACUAUACUAGCUACCACUUAACUUGGCGGCUCAAGGUUGUGGCUUAGCCUAAGUAAUUGUCCCCUCACCUUCUAUUGCCCUUGUAGAGGGCUUUUGUUGCAUUGUUCUUGAUAUGGUGCAUAUUCAACCUCUUAAAUGUUUAUGCAGAGGAAAUGAAUUUUGGGAGGUUCACUUACUUUGAGAAGUCCUCCUGAAGCAUUUUGAGCCCUCAAGUUUUGUGGCCUUUGCUCUAGAUGAUACGAAUACACAAAAAGGUGCACUCAUGCCUGAAAGGAAGAGGGUAACUGAAAGAUGUGUAAUAUUAACUGUCUUAUUGUGAUUGAAAAACAUUUCCUCAUAAGUAUGGUUGUAAUAUGUAAGAUAAUGUAAGAUGUGCCAUAUCAGUUAUGAGAUAUUGGGAGGAUACUCCAAAUUGUAGAGCUUAAAGAGGGAAUAAAUUCAUUGUAAAGUUUGUUGUUACACUUUUGGGUUGUGUCCUUAGUGUUGAUUUUAUGUAAGAUGUUCAUUGCUGUCUAGGUGGGUACUGCAUUGAAGGUUGUGACUCGCCUAAAUGCCUGUGUGGCUUUGUGUUGGUGUAUUGCUGAUGUACCCCCAAAACUUCUGAUAUGUUACAUGUUUUAUGUUAAAUAAGUAGAAAUUAUAAUGAAGAUGUUAUCUGGUUGAUAUGCGUAUGUAACCUAGCUGUGUUAUUUACAAGACCUGAUCUAUAUAUGCUCUGUGCCAAAUAUUUUUUCCCUCCAAGUUUCUCAGUUUUUGAAACUUUACCCUUUACAGUUUGCUCAAUAUUUUAUGGAUUGGAGAUGUAUUGUGAGCAGAAGUUGUUGUAAGACAAUCAUCAUCAUUACUUUCAUCAUUGUCAUCGCUAUCAUGAUUAUUGGUCUCCAUUUCAAGGUUUAUGGGUGUGGGCUUAGACGAGCACUCUUCGUAGGAUCGCUCCUCUUAUAACUGACUUUCUUAAGAAUAGCUUUCACAAAAGUGUGGGCUUCUGAAAGGAAAAGAUUCUCCUGUUGUAAUGUGACUUCUAGUCUUCUCUUGAGUCUUGUACUCUCAAAGCAAUAAUGUAUCCACUUUGGGCUUUGUGGCCUAACUUGUUUUUACUUCUCUGUUUAGCUAUCAGUUUGUAGCUGUCUCCCGUCUUCCAUGUCCCUGUAGGUCGUGUUCUAUUUACAGCAGCGUGCCCAUAAAAGAGAAUAUGAAAGUUGUGUUUAUGAAGGACCAACUGCAAGAGACUACUAAAAGAUUUAGAAAUGGAUGAUGGGAUUGGUAGUCAAGAGUGAAAUUGUUUUCUUUCAAAACUGAAAGGUUGAGUACCAUCAUCAUUCAUUUCUUAAUCUAUAGUGUUUACUCAUAAAAUGACUGCACUUUUUUUUUCUUUGUUAUAUUGAGGAACAUGUAGGUAAGUGAAAACAAGAGGGAUAUAUGCAAUAACAUUCAGUGGCUUUUUUACUUAUACAUAUUUUACAUAUUCUAUAAUAUUGUGAUUUUUCUGGGGUAGCAACAAUGCUAAACAUCUGUGCAUAUCACAUACUUGUACAGAAUGUGUUUGGGCAGCUAUCUCAAAACAGAUUUUAUGCAAUACUUCAAAGAAUACUGAUAUUUGUAUCCUUUAAUGGCCUAUAGAUGGUUGUGGAUUAGAAUGUAAUAGUGAUGGAGGAUUAUAUGAAAAUCUCACUAGCUAUUCUUGCAGAUUUAUUGGCACUGCCAUGUCUUGAAACUGUAAUUGUUUUUUUGGAUCAUGUAUUUGAAAGCAAGGAAAUGCAGUAUGUGAAAAACUUCAGUUGCUUAUUGGGCACGCUACUGUCUUAUGAUGUGCUCAUGCUAGUGCAGGAUUCUGCUGAUAUUGAAAGGGUUGAAGUCGUAAUCAUCCUUAUCUGUUAGAGUAGUAUAGAAGUAAAGCUGGAGUUUUCAUGUAUUUGAUGUCAUUCUUCUACGACCGAUUCUGAUGGAUUUGAUCUCUCAAGUGCUUUUGAUCCAAUUCUAUGAUGUGUGCCCCAUUGUGUAACAGACAUGGAAUGUCAAGGUGUAUCCCAGUUUUAAUAGGUUUAGGAAUAAUGUGAGUACAAUCAUGUUUUUUAACUGUUGGCUGCCUGUUUGAUGCUCAUACCUUUUAAACCCCAGUUUUAAAAUUAAGAUAUAUUUCAUAUAGUAGACAAUAGUGAGUGGACUCCAUUUUUAGUCGGUACUUAAUUUCUGUAUUACAGUGUUUGUGCUUGUGAUAACUUGAAAUGGGACGGAGCACAUUUAUUUUUGUAAUGUGUAGAGUUAAAAAACAGAUCAAGAACGUACAAGUUGUACAUGUGGCAAUAUUAUGAUUACUUGUAAAUACAUGUUGUUGUGAUUUUACUAUUUAUUGGUAAAUGCAUGACAGUGUUGUUUUAUUUUAAACUUUGAACCUACUGCACAACAUAUUUUCCAUUUUUUGUUAGUUUGUAAGUAAUGCCAUUCCUCAAAAUAAAUUAUUGAAGUG